CAUUUCUAAAUAAUAAUAAUAAUAAUCGAAGGCUAGUAAAUUGGCGAAUCUGCGACUUGGCUGCGCGGGGUUGUCCCGUAGGCGCGUGCGUUGGCGCGUCCGAUGACGUCACCACUCGCGCCUUCCCUCAGUCAGUCAGCGUCGAGUCUUCUGAGAUUAGCUCCUCCCAUUUAAAUGUAUCAUCAGUGAAGCUCCUCCCACAGCAGUCACAUGGUUAGUGAAACUCCAUAUGCUGGAAUAUUUUUUCAAAGUGAGAACAUGAGUGAUCCAGAACCCUGCAGAAUGAAACACACUGAAGAUACUGAAGAACAAAGAGAGCUGAUGGAAGUGAAGGAGGAGAGUGAAGAACUGAGUGAAGUGGAGGAGAAACAUCAUGUCAAACCUGGAGAAAAAUAUUUGAUGGACUCAAUGACUGAAAAGACAUUUCUAAAGAAAAAUAAAUCUUUCACCUGCACUCAGUGUGGAAAAAGUUUCACAAACAAUCGUAGUCUUGAGAUUCACAUCAGAGUUCACACCGGAGAGAAGCCGUACACAUGUGAUCAAUGUGGGAAGAGCUUCACGCUGUCAGCAAGCCUUAAAUACCACAUGAAGAGCCACACAGGAGAGAAGCCGUUCACAUGUGAUCAGUGUGGAAAGAGCUUCAAGAAAAAACAUCAUCUUGAGGUUCACAUUAGAGUUCAUACUGGAGAGAAGCCAUUCACAUGUGAUCUGUGUGGGAAUAGCUUCACACAAUCAUCACAGCUUCAAAACCACAUGAGAGCCCACACUGGAGAGAAGCCGUUCACGUGUGAUCAAUGUGGGAAGAGUUUCACCCGAUCGGAACACCUUAAAGAUCACAUGAGGAUCCACACUGAAGAGAAGCCGUUCACGUGUGAUCAAUGUGAAAAAACAUUUGUUGUGGCAUCCUCCCUAAAGAAACACCUUAGAGUUCAUACAAAGGAGAAACCACAUUCAUGUUUUGUAUGUGGAAAGAGUUUUUCAGUGCUCCACAAUUUACGUGCACAUCAGAAAAUUCACACUGAAGUAAGAGAUCAUGUGUGCUUUGAGUGUGGGAAGACUUUUUCUUUUGUGAGUGUUUUAAAACAGCACCAGAAAAUUCACACUGGAGAAAAACCUUACAAGUGUUCACACUGUGACAUGAGAUUCAAUCAGUCAUCAUAUCUGAAAAAACAUGAGAGGAUCCACACUGGAGAAAAACCUCACAAGUGUUCAUAUUGCAACAAGAGAUUCAGUCGUUCAACACAUCUGAAAACACAUGAGAGGAUCCAUACUGGAGAAAAACCUUACAAGUGUUCACACUGCGACAAGAGAUUCAGUCAGUUAGCAAAUCUGAAAAAACAUGAGAGGUUCCACGGUGAAGAGAAGCCGCACACGUGUGAUCAGUGUGGAAAGAGUUUCACUAUUAAAAGUCACCUGAAGCUACACAUGAAGAUCCAUGCAGUGGAGAAACCACAUGACCGCAGUCUGACAUCACAAACCACCAGAAAUCAUCUGGAAGGAGAGGACAGAGAGAUCCAGUGAUCCAGAACCUGCUGAUUAAAACAUCACAAUACUGAAGAACAAAGAGGAUGUCAAGCAAUGAAUUAAUGGAUAAACAGAAACCAACAGAACAAACUUGUUGCCUCUGGACUCACUGAAAAUGAAGAGACUAAAGCAACAUCUGGGCCAGAUGAAGCAGUAAGAGCAGGAGUGAUGGAGGGUCUCAUCACUACACCAUUUCCAGGAUCUGCUGUGUCUCUCCAUCCUCGGUGCUUUAGUCUCUUCAAAAAUGCACAAACUUUAAUUCAAAUGCAGUCAUUUUAACAGAGCAAUGUCAUUUGAUUUCUGUAUUAAAAGUAACAAAAUGAUACUUCCUUUAUAUUUUUGUUUCAGGUUUUCCCUUUCUUUUCACAAAUGCCACCAGGUCCUGCUCCACCACAAAAGCACUGCAACAAAUGUACAGACAUCAAGAUUCAAAUAAGUUCUGUAAUAAUUCUGUUUGAAAUUAAAAUUACAAUAAACUACAACUUAAGAUUUUUGAUUUAUAAAA